UUCCGAUGGAAUAAUUCUUGUCAUGGCGAUCGUUCUAAACGUCGCGGGGAAAAGGUUUAAGGAACUAGUGGACGAAAUUAGUCAAAAAAAUGUUAAGAGUUACGCAGAUCCUGAACUCGUCCUGCAAAAUUUUUCAACCAUUAAAGUCCUUUCAUCUCAAAUUAACUCUGCAAUGAGCAAAAUUGUGCUGAUCUACAUUGGGGAGUACCUUUUCUACUAUUCUGCCCAUUUCAACGACAUUUUCGAGGUUGCCGAUGUCAUGGAAAGUUUUCGGAAAUCAAUGUUCCUCCUCAAUGUGUGUGCCAGCCUUUAUUUUUCUGGGGACUGCUGCAAACGCGUGGAAGACGCUAUGCUGUCUUGGCUGUCAUCUUUUACCGAGUCGGGAAUGUCCAACAGUUUUCUUUCCAGUGGACGCGUCGCCAUUUUGAUCGAUGAAGCGAAAUCUCACAUUGUUGGAUUCACUGGCGGAAUUUUUGUGCUAGAUUAUACAGCGAUAUUUAAUUUCUUGGCCACUAUGAUAACCUACUGGGUCGUGUGCUCUACUUCUGGAGAAAAACAGCAGAUAUAAAAUUAUUUCUAAAAAUUGUUAAAAAUUUGAAGAAUUUUAGCAAUUUGGAUGAACGUAU